AUGAAGGGAGGAAUCAGAAUUCGACUGGCGCGAUUUGGCCGACGACACUCGCCCCUGUACAACAUUGUGGUGGCCAAGGCCGGCCAGCGACGAGACGGUUUGCCCAUCGAGGUGAUUGGCACAUACAACCCCAUUCCUGCCCCCCGGUCGCACGAGGAGCUCAAGAGAGGCGUGCUGCCGGUGAAGGACGUCGAGUUGGACUUUGAUCGAGCAAAGUACUGGAUUGGAACCGGUGCCCAGCCGUCGGACACUGCCACCCGGAUCCUGAUGCUGGCUGGCGUGCUCCCUGAGGACUGGAAGGGAGUCGACAAGAAGCAGUAG